CGUCAAUGUUUACAAGAUUUUAUUGUUUGUCUUGAUGCAUUUAAAAAAUCUUACGUUUCGUUAACAGAAUCAUAAAUUGGACAAAUGUUACACUAUUUACAUUUACUAUUAGAUAUACAAAAUCGUAAAAAGAUUUAUGGUUUUUCAAUUAAUUGUAAACGACUAACAUUUUUCUUUGUUGAAAAAGAAUGUAAAUCGAAUUUAUAUAAUUAUAAUAAAAGUCAAGAUUUAGAUAUGUUUAAUAAUUAUUCUGGAACAUCAUUACCUGUUGAUAUGAUAAUAACAAAUGAAGUUAUUUGGAAAAUAUUUACAAACUUUUUAACAAUGAGUGACAACUUUUAUGAAUAA